GAGAGAAGGAGGAGGAUGAUGUGCUCCAGAGGAAGCAGCUGAGGAUGCUGGGAUAUUUUUAGGAUGACGAUGAUGAAGAUGAGGAUGACGGGGAGGAGGAGCUCUGACGUCAUAGUUUUGCUUCCUGCAGAGAGCUGCUGAGGGAUCUGACUAACUCCCGGAUCACACUUUCUUCACUCUUUCUUCCUCUUCUUCUUCUUCCUCCUCCUCCUCGUCCUCCCUCGCUCGGUCGGUCCCCCUCCUUCGUUCUUGGUUCGGGUCCAUGCGGGUCCUGGUCCUGGUCUGGGUCCGCCUCGCACACCGGGCCUUCCUGUAGCCGCCGCCCCGGCCUGCCUGCCCCUCUGCCGGCGGAGCCUCCAGCUGAGCCCCGCUGAGGUGUCCUGGUCCCGGGGAGAGAUGCUGUGAGUCUCCGGGAGGACCUGGACCUGCUGCCGGACUGAAGCGGAUCUGAAGAGGUCCGGCAGGAUGCCCCUGACCCCGGUCAGCGAACGGGAGUCCGAGCAGCCCAAAACCUCCGACGGCCUCCCCGACCCGCCGGCCCCGCCCACUAAAUCAUCGAGCCGUCACAGUCUGCCGCCAUGCCGCAGCUCGGCGACGACCGCGUCGGACGACCAGCCUCACGUCGGGAACUACCGACUGAUGAAAACCAUCGGAAAGGGAAACUUCGCCAAAGUCAAACUGGCCCGACACACUCUGACCGGCCGAGAGGUGAGAACACACACCUCAGGGGGGACUGGGGUCCUGCUGGGGGGUCAGGACUCACAUGGUUCAUCCCUCAGACUCUUUCCAUACAGAGCCGGUCUAGACCGGACUCUAGAACCAACAUCAACACCAAAUCCACCAUGA